AUGCGUCAUCUAUGGGCAAGCCGGCGCCACCCAGAGAAAUGGCACUGGAUGGCGAUUGUGGCUCCUUACCACAUUGGUUUGUUCGCCUUCAUGAGUGCCAACCUUGUGGCAAUUACACAUUCCAUCGACAGCUUCCCCAAACAGGGCGGGGCUCUUCUGAUGAUUAUUUGCGUCGGCCGCGGAUUCAUCAGCUUCGGGCUAAGCUACUCUACCGUCCCCCUGAUUGAUGCAACCGGGUAUGAUGGGACCAUGAACAUUCUGGCCAUUAUCUGCGGUGUCUUGGGCGCCAUCACAAUUCCAAUGUACUUUCUUGGUCCGCGGUUCCGUAGGUGGGCGCUGAAGACGUUUUGGGUAGUCGACAAGAGUCUGUGA